CAUUGCUGUAAGCAUGGGGAAAGGCCUCUGUCUGAUUAGCAUUCAGUCCUUGCACAGACUGCAUCAAGGAACUCCAUGGCCAGCCCCCCUCCUCUCUCCUUCACGUUCUCACUCUCUCCCCCCUCUUUCUGCAUCAUUCUGCUGGACCAGAACCCCUCAGUACAAAACAAAAGAAACAUCUUGUGUGAUAAAGAUUUCGGCAACAGAUGUAUUAUUGUAUAAGGCCAUUGGAAAGCAGCUAAAUAAAGACAGUUUAAGUCUGACUGAUGAGCCCAUGUGAUGAACGUAACCUCCCAAGUCAGUCCAGACGUGGACCAGGCUCAGCAUGUGGCCCAAUGAGAGCUCUGAAAAUCAAAGGUGAUUAGAAGUGACCGACUGUCAUCCUUACCGUCAAACUCAAGGGACCCGUUUGAUUGGUGCCUUGAGGACCUCUCAAGAUUUCUUUAAACACUCAAGCAGAUCAAAAGAACACCAACACAAACCAACACAGCUACAGAUUAUGCCUAUAGGCUCCGACGUGCAGUGUAGAUAAGAAUAUCUCUGAAACCAUGGCAGACCCCUAUCACAACAACAUUUACCACCAAGGAGAUGGAGACAGCUAUGGGACGUAUGGACAGGGAGGACAGGAUGGCUAUGGAUAUCAGACUGACUACCCUCCACAGGAGGAAGACGCCGCCAGUGACGUCACCGAGGGACACGAUGAAGAAGAUCAAAUGUAUGAAGGGGAGUACCAGGGCAUCCCCCACCCGGAUGAGGUCAAGGCUGCCAGGAGGGCGGCAAGAGCGAAAGCGAGGACCGUAGCGGACGUCGUGUCAGAUCAGGAGGAGCUUGCUGAACAAUACGAGGACAUCAUGGAGGACUGUGGACAUGGGAGGUUCCAGUGGACCCUGUUUGUGGUGUUGGGUCUGGCUCUUAUGGCGGACAGCGUGGAGUGCUUUGUAGUAGCCUUGGUGCUACCCAGUGCAGAGAAAGACAUGUGUUUGUCCCACGCUGAGAAGGGAAUGCUGGGUUUGAUAGUUUUCCUGGGAAUGAUGUUCGGUGCAUUUAUUUGGGGUGGCCUGGCUGAUAAAGUCGGUCGACGGAAAUGUUUGAUUAUCGUUCUGGCCAUGAACUGCAUCUCUGCCUUCUUCUCCUCAUUCGCACAGGGAUACGGCUUCUUCCUGUUUUUCAGGCUGGUCUCUGGAAUUGGGAUCGGGGGCUCCGUCCCAAUCGUGUAUGCGUACUUCUCUGAGUUCCUGCAGAUGGAUAAAAGAGGAGAACAUCUCAGCUGGCUCUGCAUGUUCUGGAUGAUGGGGGGCAUCUACGCCUCCUUCACCGCCUGGGGCAUCAUCCCUCGAUAUGGUACAUGCAUAUACCUUCUAUAUGUAAAGCGGUUUAUGGAUAAAGCCAGCCCCUUUUUUUUUGUUGUUUGUUGUUUUUUGAUAUUUUUUUGGUGUGGUUUUUGUGUGUGGGCAGAGUUUUAGUUUUACAGAUGUGGAGUGUUUUUUUUGUUGUGUGCUCUCCCAGCUAUAGCAGCUUUUCUUGGGCUAAUGUUCAUGCCUGAGAGCCCACGCUUCCUACUGGAGAAUGCUAAACAUGAUGAGGCCUGGAUGAUCCUAAAACAGGUUCAUGACACCAACUGGAGAGCCAAAGGAGAACCUGAGAGAGUGUUUACUGUAACUCAUAUCAAGACUCCAAAGACACAGGAAGAUGAGUUCAUUGAGAUUCAGACUGCAACUGGAACUGCUUUCCAGAGAUGGGUGGUUCGAACUUUGACACUAACCAAGCUGGUCAUGAAAAAUGUUUUGUCCCUCUUCGGUCGUGAUCUAAGACUCGCUACUCUGCUAAUGGCCAUCAUAUGGUUCACAAUGGCAUUUAGUUUUUACGGGCUAUCAGUGUGGUUUCCUGACAUGAUCAAACACCUCCAGCAUGAGGAGUAUGAAUCCAAGGUCAAAGUAUUUAAUCGGGAAAAGGUGGAGCAAUUUCAUUUCAACUUCUCUUUGGAGAACCAAGUCCAUAAAGAGGGAGAAUACAUCAAUGAUAAGUUCAUCAACAUUGAGAUGAAGUCUGUGAAGUUUGAAGACUCCUUAUUUGAGGACUGCUACUUUGAGAACAUCCGAUCCACAGACACCAUCUUUGAGAACUGUACCAUCCGCAGUACUGUGUUUUACGACACAGAUUUAUAUGAGGAAAAGUUCAUUGACUGUACAUUAGAGAACGUCACUUUCCUGCACAACAAGAAAGGAUGCCAUUUAGACUAUGAGGAGGAGAACGAUGUCCUCAUCUACUUGGUCAGCUUCUUAGGCAGCUUAGCUGUGCUGCCUGGAAAUAUCAUCUCAGCACUCUUCAUGGACAAGAUUGGACGAAUCAAGAUUAUAGGGGGUUCAAUGCUUAUUUCUGCUGGCUGCACCUUUUUUCUUUUCUUGAGCUUUAGUCAGGCAGCCAUCAUAGCCUGGCAGUGUCUGUUUUGUGGCGUUAGCGUAGCAGCGUGGAACGGCAUUCAAGUCAUCACCGUGGAACUCUACCCAGCUUCAAAAAGAGCCACAGCGUUUGGAGUCUUAAAUGCCAUUUGUAAGUUCGCGGCUAUAUUGGGAAGCUCAAUCUUUGCCUCAUUCGUAGGCAUUACCAAAGUCAUCCCCAUUCUGCUGUCCUUCGGUGCUCUGGUCGGUGGUGGAGUGUUGGCCCUGAAACUGCCUGAGACCAGAGAGAAGGUCUUGCUGUGAAAAUUUGAAGCUGAAGGUUUGGUCCAAGCCAUUAUAUUUAACCAUUAGUGUGGAGAAAACAACUGCUGGCAUGUGUAAAAUUGGGCUUAUUCAAGAG